AUGGUUUUUCCACAAGUAUCAGAUCUUUUUUAUGUUGCAGCAAUGACGGCUACAAAAGUUUAUCCAAAAUCACAUAUGUGGACCAAAAAUGCUUUUGAUUUAUACUUUAACAGGCAAUUCGGAUUUGGAAGGCUUAAUGUUAAGGAAAUGUGUGCGGCUUUUCAUGAUUUGAGUGUAUCUUAUGGAAGUCCUGUAAAAAUCGUAUUGAAGAAAACAGUAAAUAUGCCAUUACCAAAUGAAGAAGUAAAUUUCACAUUCGAAUUUAAAGAAAAAUAUAAUUCAGUUGUUUGUGUUGACCUCAGAAUUCAUUCGAAAAAAUUGUCUUUUGGAUCAUUAAAUCCUCACGUAAUUAGCCCUGGUGGAACUCGGAGUGAAUUAAAACUAAUAACAAUUGAUUCAAUUGAUUAUCCAAUCAAAAGUGUUGAUUUGAAUUCAUAUCAAUUUCUUGGAGAGAACCCGAAAGGAAAUUGGACAGUAUCAUUCCGAAUUAAUGAUUACUCAGAUCAUGGAACUUUGGAGACUCUAGAAUUAAGAUUAUAUUGUACAAAAAAUGGUCCAUUAUCAUCACAAAUAAACCAACCUGAUGGGAAUGAUCCAUACAAUAUUAGCGAUUCAUAUAUUGAAUUUCCAUCGAAUCUUUUGAAUGUAACUGCUGCAGAAAACGUUACAUUCAAUAUUAAACUUAAAAAUGAAUGCGUAAAAAAAGAAAAGUACAGCAUUUGGUUUGCCGAACCUGAUGGUGAGAAUAGAGUACCAUUGACAGAAGCACAGAUUAUUAAUAACUAUACACAGGUUAAUAUUCCUUAUUUCCCUUCUGUAUUCAAGGAUCAAAUGGAUUCAAUAUUAGUUAUAGAUUCAUUUUCCCCGAGAUGUUUGUAUUCGUCAAGAGUUAAAUUGAACUAUACAAAUAAAUUCAAACCAGGAAUUAUUUCACCAAAGAAUAAAGCAAUCAUUUCUUCAGCGGAAACUGAUCUUGAAGUUAGCUAUGCUCUUCAAUUACCAAAAGUCGUAUAUGCUAAAUUUACAGGCUCUUCUGCAGUUUCAAUUCUUUCCCCUGAUAGUAAGAAACUUCUCAAAAGAAUGUUUCAGAAAAAUAUUGGAUAUAUACAUGCAAAAGGUAUUGUUCCAAAUACAAAGAAUUUUUAUGUGCAAAUAAGUCCAGCAUCAACUAAUUUAGGCUUAGAUUUUCCUGUAAUGACAAUUGAAAUGUUCAUUAUAGAACAAAAUGGAAAAUUCGCUCCAAUGAAGCUUGUAAAUAAUGCUGCUGGAAUUUCAUUUCUUGUCUUAUUCUUCGUCAGCCUUAUAACAUUGUGUACUUAUAGAACAGUUUCUUUAUGCAUGAUGAAGUAA